AACCAUACAUGUUAAAGUUUAAUGUGCUAUUUAAAACGUGCAUGUGUUGUAUAGUUUCAAUUCCAAAAGUGAUUGGAGGCACAGAUUAGCAAUAAACAUGUCGGGGGCGCAGAUGGAUCCACAUGACAAGAUGAGAGCAAGGGAUGUGAGCAAAGUGGCAAGGGGUGAACAAGCACCAAGGCCUGCCCAUGAAUUUGGUACUGUUUCUCCACCUCCUCCUCCUUCUUCAACCAACAAUGAUAAGAAACGGAUAGAACAAGUAGAGACAACCAACAAUAAUGUCGAAUCACCACCAAUUAAUUACCAAACACGCCAUUGUUAUGCAGAAUAUGUGCAAUAUCACAGGUGUAUUCAGCAUAAAGGUGAAAACGCAUCUGAAUGUGAGAAAAUUGGGAGACAUUUUAGGUCCAUGUGUCCAACCGAAUGGAUUACAGAAUGGGAUAAAGAAAGAAAAGAGGGAAGGUUCCCUGAUGAAGUAUAGGCUGGAAACAUCUCCAAGUAUUAUAGGAAAAAUCUUGUGUAUCGAUAAAUAAAUGAAAAUACGCUCUAGUACAAAAAAACAAAACUUAUCUACCUCUUGAAUAUAUUAAUA